AUGGAUUCUAAUAGUAAUAAGGAGAAAGAUAAGGAAAUAUAAUUUCUUUAGAAAAGAGUGAAAUUGACUCAACAAGAAAAUGAAUUACUAAGAAAAGAAAAUCAAUUAUAAAGAUAAUAACUUACUUAAAUGAAAAACACAUUUACUAAUAUCAUCUCAACAAAAAGAGUAAAAACAGCAGAUGGAAGAAGCAAUUCAGUUUCUGAGUAUAUUUGAUUAUGAAACUACAUAGACGCUUUUAAAAUGAAGAUGCCUUGAGAUAAGUAUUAGAAAUGCAAAGAAAUCGAAUUAAUUAAUUAGAAAAGGAUAAUGAAUAGUAUAAAUAGAAAUAUGAGAAAAUUCUAUUCUAGGAUAAAUCAUAACCAUAUUCUUAAACUUAGGUCAAUGAUUCAACAAUAAAAGAACUAUAUGAAUUAAGAAAGUAGAAUACUGAAUUGGAAUAGAGAAUAAAAGAAAUGAUUAGUUAACAUGCAAAAGAAUUAGCUAAUUACAGAUAAAAGAUAGCUUAACAAGAUGCAUAAUUUAUGGUAUCAUAAUCAUAGGGUUUUUCUACACCUCUAUCAUCUUAAUCAUAGAAAUUAGAACCUAUAAAUAAUGGUGGAUAUUAAAUUCUAAAAUAAGGAAUAAAGAAGUACUGA